AGAGAGAGCACGUCGUUACAUAAUGUAAAUAACAACAUUGCAGCCACCGUGCGCUGCUCAGAUUGGUGCUCGGUGUCCUCUGCUGCUCGAUGUAACCCGGAUGGUGCUCGCACCGGAAGAGAAGGAGCAGCUCUCCCAGCCAUCUUGUGGGCAGCAUCACAUCACACACAAGCACACAAGCGAAUUGUGUUUUUUUCGCAUCGCAAGCCUCGUAGAAUCGGAGGUGAAUCCCGGUCGAAGGGGCGCCAUCAUGCCCGGACACCUGCAAGAAGGCUUCGGCUGCGUCGUGACCAACCGGUUCGACCAGUUAUUGGACGACGAGUCCGACCCGUUCGAGAUCCUGAAAGCGGCCGAGAACAAGAAGAAGGAGGCGGCCGCCGCUGCUGCUGCUUCUGGCGGAUCCAACAAGUCGUCCUCCUCCUCCGCGGCGGCGCAGGCAGCCAAGCAGCCGAAGAAGGAGUCCCAGAAGGACAGGAAGAACCCGCUGCUGGACAACAAGAAGGAGGAGUCCCAGGCUCCUGCUCCUCUGAAGAAAGAAGGUAUCAGGCGAGUUGGCCGAAGACCAGACCAGCAGGGCCAGCCCGGUUCCCAGAACCAGGGUGGGCAGAGCGAAGGGCGACCUGGAGACAAGAGGCCGGACCGGAGACCUCCCCGCGAGCGCCGCUUCGAGAAGCCGGCCGAGGACAAGCCUGAGGGAGGUGGAGAUUUCUCCGCAGACAAGCCUUCUGGAGACAGGCCCCCGAGAGGGCGUGGUGGCGGACGGGGUGGGCGUGGUGGAAGAGGACGGGGCAUGGGCAGAGGAGGAGAGGGCUUCGACUCCCGUGGGAAACGAGACUUCGACAGACACAGCGGCAAUGACAAAUCCAAUCAGAAAAGCGAGGAGAAGCGCAGCGGCAGCGGCUCACACAACUGGGGCACCGUGAAGGAUGAAGCGAGUGAGGCUGAACAGACCGCUGCUCCAGAGACGACCCCAGAGGGAGAGGAAAACGCACCUGCCGGCUCUGAGAACAAGCUUUCCAGGGAGAACGAGGUGGAAGAAGUUAAAAACGAAGGCCCCAAAGAGAUGACCCUUGACGAGUGGAAGGCCAUGCAGGACAAGGAGCGCACCAAGGUGGAGUUCAACAUCCGUAAGCCCAACGAGGGAGCCGACAGCCAGUGGAAGAAAGGAUACGUGCUGCACAAGUCCAAGAGUGAAGAUAGGCCUGUUGGUGCUUUGAUUGACGCCGCAGAGACGGAAGCAGAGCCGAACCCUGUGUUCACCAAGCAGCAGGCAGGCGCCCCUGACGACUCCAGCGACCACCACUUCCGCAAACCAGCCAACGACAUCACAUCUCAGCUGGAGAUCAACUUUGGAGACCUGGGCCGCCCCGGCCGCGGGCGCGGGGGAGCUCGCGGAGGCAGGGGAGGCCGCGGCGGAGGCGGCGGGGGAGGCAGCAGGACGGCACGCGGGGGAGGAGGAGGAGGAGGAGGAGGAAGUGGAGGAGGAGGUGGAGGAGGAGGUGGAGGUGGAGGAGGAGGAGGAGGAGGAGGACGGUCCGAAAAGGCUAGUGGAGUGUCAGUCCCCAACGUGGACGAUCCUGAGGCCUUCCCAGCCCUGGCCUAAAGGCUCCUUUUCCACCACCAGCCCACCCCCAUCAGCCCUUCCGGGGCCCCUCCUCUACGAGGCUUGCAUGCUUACCACAUCUUCAAGUAUAUAAGAAAACAGAGAAAAAAAAAAAAGAUUUUAAAUGACAAAAAAAGACUGUCAUCCCAUUCCCACUCACACCACCAGAGGACUAAAAAUUUUACCUGUUUUAAAAGGAGAACAAAAGACAAAAAAAAAAAAACGGCGAGAAAAGGACCUCUUGUUACACUGAAGUUUUGUAUUUAGGAAACAUGAAAGCAGGGAUGUUUUCAUACUUUUUUUUCAGAGAUUAUGCAUACUUCAUUGAUAUUUUUUUUGUUUGUGCUGCUUGAAUUAAUGCAUUUCUGCGAUUAGGUUGAAGUGUGUGUAUCUCUCCCCCUGAAGCUUUUGUGCUUUUUUUCCCCCUCAUGACUUCAGCUCAGUAUUAUGAGGUCAUCUUAGAAAAUACUUUCUACUGGAACUUUCCUCCCAGUAACACACACUGAUGUGGUAGCACUACACUACAUAGGAUACUUGUACUAGAUAUCUGAAGUAUGGCUUAACAUGCAUUUAAAGUGUAAUUACUCUGAUCCUGACUACCCAUCCUUUUGCAAGGCACAAAUUCCGGAUGGGUAACCAGGCAAAGUGACUUCCUACUAAAGCUUGGUAUUUUUCUGCUUGUUGUGCAGUGAAAGUAAAUGCCUCUAUUCCUUUUUUUUUUUUUUUUUUUUGAGAUAGCUUGCCUUUUUUUUGGUGGACCAGUGGUUAGUGAUGCUUUGUAUCCCCUGAUCCAGAUGUGCUACCUGUGUUUUCAGGGUGUCCCAGGGCCCAAUGUGUAUAUCUUUAGGCUGGUCCUCGUAGGUCAUACAGACUGUGUUUCUUGUUACUUCAGGACCACUAAGCAAAUAUUGUAUUUUUUUGUUAAGGAAAUGUGUGCGUGUGCGUAUGUGUGUGUGUGUGUGUGUGUGUGUGUGUGUGUGUGUGUGCGAGCGUUGAGACUGAAUGUGUGGAUUUGACAGCUAGUUACUUAGAAUUUAAGUAUUCCUCUAAUUGCUCUGAACUCGCCACUCUAAAAAACAGUAGACUGCAAGUUCUCACCUGAAGUAGUUCAUACUGUCUUUUUGAGAAGUGAUUGUUGAAAUCUCGGUGAGAAUGAGGCAUAGACCGUGGACAUAUUUUUGCUCUUAAGAGUAUCUCUAAUGUCUUUUAGAUUUCAAAGCACUUGGUUUUAUCGGCACCAAUCCUCUGAAGAUUGUUUCCCCACCCCCCCAUCCCCCUUCUCUAAACCAUAUUUGCUGUUGUUUUAUUUCCAUUUUAUCAGUGCAGCAGCACCAAUGCAUAAUUUGUCUGAAAGAAAUGUUGGCUGUCAUUGUCAACAAUCUUUGAGCUACAGAAUGUAACGUAAGCGAUCGGUGCUUUUAGCCACCUGUGUCAGCAUUUCCAGUGAGCGUUUUUUUUUCUUUUAUUGAAGCGGGUAUAUUUCACAUUGGGGUUUGGGGUGGGGAGGGUAGAGGGUGGGCGGGGGUUAUGAAACAUGAUGGAGUGAAUUUAAAGCUUUACAUGCUGUUGUUCUGCAAAGACUUGCUGGUGAUGCACUGAUACAGACGGCUGGAGCGGUUUUCCUGUAGGACUGUUUGAGCCACAUGACGGUGAAACUUUCUCUGCAAACAUCCCUGUUCUAAUAAAUUGCUUUAGAGGUGUUACAUGUAUUCUGCCAAUGGCUGUUGGGUUGUUUAAAAUCAGUACUUGCGAUUUUGUUCGAAGUGUAAACAAACGUGCUGUGGACUCAUCAUUGCUUGAAGCGUAAUGAAGCUGUGGUGGUGUCAUGUCAGUGAAUUAUAAACUCGAGAGGGACGUAAACAGUCCAGAAGGGUUUGAUUUACACUUAGUUGUACUAGUAACUAAGAUUAAUGCAGUUCAAAUUGUACUGUGAAGAUGUUUAUAAUAUUUAGGCUACCCUCAUUAAAGGAGUUGCUAGGCAACAGCUUGGGUCCAUGUUUACUUCCUGUUAGCUUGCAACAGGAAGUAAAGUGGGACACAUUAGGAAUGUUUACAUUCACAACUGUGAAAUGGUCUAUAUUUAAAUUGGUUGGAUAUGACUUGAACUCAACAGCACUACAAAUUAUAGCCUCCUAAAUUACUAUGAAGUUGAGUCAACCCCUCUCUUACAACAUAAUAAACUUCAUGAAGGUGGUAUUUAUGUUACUACACGGCUUUUAGAAUCACUAGUUUUAGCUAGCUGUACAUAAUAAAGUUGCAAUUUUGAGUCUUAAA